UUUAAUUCCGGGCGACUUUGUUUAACUUUUUAGAGUAGAGAGACACAGUGUUGCAUCCCUUCUGAAGGAAAAGAAUACUCUACAGUCUAUUCUAAGUUGAGUCGGUUGGAGGACUGAAAUUGGGACUUAAUGAGAACACUGUUGGUUGUUGAAUCUUUACUCAUUAGAGUAUAAAGACGUUAGAGGAGAUAUUUGUGAUCUAGAAAAUCGGACACUCGUCUGAGAAUCCUUUGAGAUACUAAAUAAGCUUAAUUAUAGCACUAGACGCAUAGACAAUACUUGGAAACUAUGGAAAGAAUAUGAGAAAUCUGAAUUUAUUUACACUUUCCGUACAAGUAUUCAUGUAUGAGAAUUAAUUACCAGCUGAAGCGGUUUCAUAAAAUUGUGAAGAUUCUUUCAAGUGGAAACAUAAUGCAUUCCUUCAGACUGGGGAAAGUAUUUUUAAUUUAUUUACUGGUACUUGUCUGCUUGUUUGAAACAGAUGCUCGAGUAGGUUAAGUUUUUACCUUACCGUCGACUAGCAUUUGAACCUAAAUAUAACAUGGAUAUACAGUGCUUAACAACGCUUUUGUCUGUAACUUCUUUUUAUAAGACACGUACGAAGCUAUUUACUUUAGGGAUUUAUUUGGUGUUAUUAACUAUUAUGACCUCACCGUUGACUUUUAUAAUUUAAAACCGUGAUCCAACACGAAGGUACGAAUGAAUGAAAGUCGUUUGUCUUAAAAUAUCCUGUUACGUGUAGAUAUAUUUUACUGAUUAUUGAACAUUGACUGAGUCGCAUAAUUGUUCCUCUUUAAAGCCAGUGAAUCAGCAUUUUUAUACGAUUUCUGUAGUUUCUUGGUUCGUCGCUGCUGCGAAACCUUUUUAUCUGAGCACUGCCAUGGGAUUAUGUCAAGUCACCUCUUUCCGAAUUUCUGGUACAGUCGCCCGCAAUACAGAAACAAAAAUCAACAGAUAUAAGAAGACAGAAAUAUGAAACCCCGUUGAGACUAACCGUAGCGAUCUACACCAGUUUUUGUUCAAAUCGUCAAGCACAGGCUCAGCCGAACAGUCAACUAUGUGACCCUACUUUUAUGCUCAUAUACCAACGAAAUUACUGAUAAAAAAGAAUUUCCGCUAUGAAGACCAAAACUGGUUAACGAAAGACAGGUCCUGUCAGUCCAAUGUACUCAUUGAAUGAGAAAGCUAAAUGAUACCGUUUAACGUCAUAUUCUUCAACUUCACUGAAGUCAUUGGCACAAUAAUUCAUAUUUCUCAUAAUGAAGUUUGCAAAGAUGGGUUUCAUCGGCCCUCUUUCAUCCUGAUUGUGAAACUACCUGGAGAACAGGAUAUUUCAUAUAAAGCUAUCAAACUAUCACUUUACUAGUUCAACAUUGCAAUGAACCAUUAUUCUGCCUGAGAAUGUGACAGCUGUUGGCAUCCAAUAACCCUAUCGCUCUGAGAUAAACGCAUGCAUCCAGAAAUGAUAUACAAAUUCAUGAAUAACUAACAAACUGACUUGAACUGGUGCAGUAGAGUGGCUAUACUACUGUCCAAAAGACAUCAAAAAUUUCUGGCGCCGUAAUAAAAUAACAAAAAGCGAGCGCAAACAAAUAAAUAAAUUUGUACAAUCCCGUGAAAAAGUAUUGGAUAUUGAAUAAACAAGUGUAAUAAAACCUUGACAUGACUUCUUUGUUUGAAAUAUGGAUGUGAUUCUGUGGGUUACGAUGGAUUUUCAAUGUCUUUUGCUACAAGCGUAAAUCCAGAUACAAAUCAAUCAAUCAAAUUUGAGAAACUAUUUCAUGGGAUCUUGAACUUUCAUAUGAAGGAAAUAAGUGGAAACUAUAGCCGUGAAACUCAAAACUACUCAAAAUUGGGCAAAAUACCUAUUGUGCAUAUAACAUCUAGUAACUUACCAAUCAAUCAAAAUGAAAUGUUAAAUGGAAAAAUUGCUCAAUACAAUCAGUUACUAAACGUAACAAUUAUAAAUAACUUAAAGUCAGAUGAAAUUCACACUAUUCCUGAAUUCGGGAAAUUAAAUCAUGCAUCUUGUUCUCCGAAGUUUUUACAUUAUCCAACAUUUAAAAAUAAAGACUUGUCAGGAGGUUUCUUAUAUAUCCCACUACAUUACGUUUAUUAUGACUCGGACUCUGCUGAUAACUCUAACAAGGAACAUCUAUUUAGAAUAAUUAACAAAAACUCACUUUGUCCAAGAUUAGGAGAAAAUCCUAUGGAAACAUCUGACAGAAGUACUAUAUAUCAUCAUUCUAUGAAUAUUAGAAAAUUAGCCCCCCAUACUGUAAUGUAUUGGUCAAAUGGAACUGCCAGUUAUAUCAAUAGACCAACAGUACCUUAUUCCAUUGAUCAACUCCCUGUUUAUUUAUCUUCACGGGCAAACUUUCAAAAAAGUACACAUGUUUGUCAUAACUGUUAUAUGCGUCAAAGUAAGUCUAUAAACGGUGAAUUCCAACCAAUGAUUGUUCACGAUAUGACGUAUUCACAGACAAAUAACGGUUGUUUAAACUUGUUAUUUAUAAAACUGAGAAGAUUUACGAAACUAAUUCAAAAAAUUUUAACAUCUCAAACAAUUGUUUGUUCUAAAGCUUUCAAAAGUUACAGUGUUAAAAAGUCUAUACUAAGUGACUAUAAACAGGAGGAUGUGAAGUUUUUUGGGAAUAAUCAAUUCAAGACAACCAAGUCAAAACAUUUGGUUAAGUAAUAAUUAGGCAUUAUAUCUAAGAUUCAUCGGAUGGUUACAGUUCAUAUGGAAAAUCUCAAGUUAUGUAAUUUUAUUAACUGAUUUAAUAUUGAAGAAACUUCUUAUCAACUGAUGUAUUAAACCAAGCUUCGACGAUUUUAUGUCUACAAAUAAUGUAAAUAUAUUCUUAUAAACACUUUG